CUUUUGCGUGUCUGUGACUGAAAUUUUAUAUAGUGCAACUACGCUGCUGACCCUUUACCUACCUACCCUCCCAUCACAAGCCCCCCAAACCCUCUUUCUUGAUCAUUCGUCCGUGAAUCCAGGGCUAUCCUAUCCACCCCUCGGAGAGAAAGCCAUGUCUUUACGCCUUGCCAAGACACCAGUCCGAGUAUCGAGUAUUGUUGCACUGCAGAUCCAACCAAUUUGAAAACCUACGCCAUGAAGUUUGCACACGAUUUCAAAGAAACGCUUAGGCGCCAAGACUUUCCACCUCACUGGAUUGAUCAGGCCAUCCCAUAUGGCCAGCUAAAGAAGGUUCUCAAACGUGUCGCCGGGGAACUCAACGAUCUGGGGCUUGAUCCCGAGACUCUACGCCAACUUCUCGACCCGGCUAAUGAUUCGCCACUCGCCGCCAAAUACCGCCUCAAUGCUGCCGGGAACUCAAAGUUAUUGAGGCCAAAACUGACUGUCUUGGUGCACAUGCGCGACGGCAAUGCCGUUGACGCAUCACUGACGCCCGCAUCCCGUUCCCUCAUUGAACGCAUCGCCGCCUUGCAGUCCCACGAUCCAGCUCAACCGAUCCCGGCCGCAGCUCCAGAGGACUCCGUACCAUCCAAGUCGCCAGUCUCGUCUGUUGAGUCUCUUGCCGAUGCUGAGAUUGAGUUAUCGGGCACCCAGACUUGUCUCCAGGUUGAAGGCCAAUCGUCGUCAACAGAGCACUAUGAGCGUAUCGAAGUUCCACUUGUCUUUGAUGGUGAAUUCUUUGACAUCCUGCAGAGCGAUGUCAACAACUUGGAUGCACUUCAGGCAAAGGAGGAAAAGGCCAUGGUGACGGAGAUUGUUGCCCUGAGACAGGAAAUUUCUCAUUUGACGAAACCCAGUCGCCUCUCCAAGAGCGACCUUGCGAGGUGGCGAGCCAUUUUCGAGCUGUACCUCGACGCCCAAGUCUUCUUCUCAACCAACGAGCAAGAUCACGGAUCCCGAACUAGUCAGACGGCUGCGAAACAGCUCCAGUGGUUCCAAGAAGAAAUCACAAAGAGGAAUCUCGUCAAAUCAUUCAAGAUUGCCGAGAGUCGCGAAGCCCUAGUUCGCUUCUUAAGUCUCAACGCCGUUCUCCUCAAAAACUUGCAGUUCCAGGAAAUCAACCAGGUUGCUAUAUACAAAAUUCUGAAAAAGUUCGACAAACGUACCUGCCUGGGUGUUUCGAAAUCCUUUCCAAUUCAAGUACAUUCCGACAAGUUGCUGGCCGGCUCCGUGGCGAAAGACAUUUGCGCCCAAAUGUCUACCGACUUAGUGUCAGUCGUACCGCAGAUCAGUGAUUAUUUGUGUCCAAUUUGCUUCGCCAUUGCCUAUAGGCCUGUCCGGCUAGCCUGCCAACAUAUCUUUUGCAUCCGGUGCAUUGUCAAGAUCCAACGGCGGAAUGAGAAGCACUGCCCUUUGUGCAGAGCCGACACCGUCAUGAAGGCGUCCGCGGAUAAUCUGGAUAUUCAACUAGAGAGAUACAUGCGCAAGUACUUUCCCAAGGAGGCCAAGGAGAAGCAGCGAGCCAACGAGAUUGAACGAGGCAUCGAGGACUAUGGUCCUGAGUACGUGCACUCUGAAUGCUCUGUUAUGUAGAUGCUGUCGUGUUUUUACUUUCUUCUUCGCUUUCCUAUAGAUUUCUCAGAGAUACCCUUGCCGGUUGUGGGUUGAGCUUCCGGCCGCAACGAGACUGAAAUUUGAGAGAGUCUUGUGGUC